AUGAACGAAAGCAGCUACGAAUUGGGGAAGGCUGGAAAAAGGCCCCGAGAAGGAGAUACAGAUUCUUCUCGUCCUGAUAGGUUAAGCCAACUUCCAGGCUUCAUUCUUUCUCACAUCCUUUCAUUUCUAGACACCAAAUCUGCUGUUCAGACCUGUGUAUUGUCCCGAGUGUGGAGAUGUGCCUGGAAGUAUGUCUCCGUCCUCAGUUUUCGUAGUGAUUCCUUCCAACAGUAUUCGAGUUUCCAACUAUAUGUGGAUGAGGUUUUGUCCCUGCGGUUUCCCUUGAGUGUACGCAUGGUAUCCUAUGUUGAUGAUGAGAGCUCGGCGGAACGAGAUCGUGGGCUGUUUGCCCGGGUCAUCAAAUAUGCAGUUGCCCAUGAUGCUCAGCAUUUAGUGAUUGACCUGAACAAUGGGAAGGAUAUCUAUGCCAGUUGCAGAUUCUCCAGUCUGUUGUCUGGCACGAUCUUUUGUUGCAAGACUCUCGAACUAAGACGUCUCUGGGUGGAUACUGAUUUCAGAAAUUCUACCUUUCCGGUGCUCAUGGAUCUAACUCUGGAACAGUGCGUGUUGGUCUCUUACUACGACGAGGACAUUAAUCCUUUCUCUGGCUUUCCCUGUCUGAAGAAUCUGGUCCUGACUGAGUGCGUCCACUCUGAUAUUGCUAAUGACUGGGAUUUCAGGAGUUUCAAGAUUUAUGGAUCCCAACUGCUUAGUCUGAAAUUGGAUUGUCUGCAUUGUACGAAGCUCGAAAUAUGCGCACCAAAACUCAAAUUCUUUACACUUGAGCAUGACCUGGAUUUCUUGAAAAUUUCCAGCUUAAGGGUUCCUUCUCUCAUUCAUGCUGACAUUCGGAUCUCGGACGAGGAGAAUGCAAUGAACGAUGAUAAUAAGGAACAGUUUAUGCAGCGCUUGAUUUUCUUGUUCCAAUGUUUGAAGAGUGCAACAUCUCUCCAGCUGGAUUACUAUAGCAUCCAGGUACUGUCUAACAUAUCUGAGCUUCUGGAAAAGCAACCCUCCCCAUUUACAAGAUUGAAGUCCUUGGGUGUGGAAGCUCUCACUAUACCUCACUCACUGAUCGACUACUUUCUUAAAGGGUCUUCUAGUGUUAAACCAAAUGUUAAGUAUGGUGUUGGUAAAUCAUGUUGA